AGGCAAGUUUGCCCCCAGCCCUUCCCAGCCCUGCCUAAGGUUCUCCGGAAACCAUCACUCACAUCUAGCACUUGGAGGCCUCCGGGGACAGCGGUGACCCGCCAUCUGGGUCCUGCCCCAGAAGCUGCCGGCACAUCCACGCCUGAAAUGCGGCGCUCAGUCCUGGUCAGGAACCCAGGCCACAAAGGCCUGAGACCCGUUUAUGAAGAGCUUGACUCUGAUUCCGAGGACCUAGACCCCAAUCCUGAAGAUCUGGACCCGGUUUCUGAAGACCCAGAGCCUGAUCCUGAAGACCUCAACACUGUCCCGGAAGACGUGGACCCCAGCUAUGAAGAUCUGGAGCCCGUCUCGGAGGAUCUGGACCCCGACGCCGAAGCUCCGGGCUCGGAACCCCAAGAUCCCGACCCCAUGUCUUCGAGUUUCGACCUCGAUCCAGAUGUGAUUGGCCCCGUACCCCUGAUUCUCGAUCCUAACAGCGACACCCUCAGCCCCGGCGAUCCAAACGUGGACCCCAUCUCCCCUGGCCUCACUGCCACCCCCCAGGUCUUGGCCAGCAGCCCCGCGGUGCUCCCCGCCCCCGCCAAGCACGUCGGCGCUAGGACCUGGCGACUGCCUUCGACCCAGAGGGCGCCGGUCGAGGCACGCAUGCGCGCUGUUCCGGCAGGCGUUGUCGUGGCGCAGGGGGCGGGACCAGAGGCGGUCACGUGA